CAAGAGACUGACAAACAGCUUCUAUCUCAUGGCCAUCAGACUGCUGAACAGUGUUCACUGACUCAGAGAGGCUGCUGCUAACAUAGAGACUCAAAUCAAUGGCCACAUUAAAAAAUGGAUCACCAGUCACUUUAAACAAUUUAAUAAUGUUUACAUAUCUUCUAUUAUCAUCUCAUAUGUCUAUACUGCCUCUGCCGCUCAGCCAUCGCUCAUCCAUAUAUUUAUAAUUACAUAGUCAUAUUCCAUCCCUUUAGAUUUGUGUGUAUUAGGUAGUUGUUGGUGAUAUUGUUAGAUUACUUGUUAGAUAUUACUGCACUGUCGGAACUAGCACAAGCAUUUCGCUACACUCGCAUUUAACAUCUGCUAGCCACUUGUAUGUGACCAAAAACUUGACCUAAAAUGUCAUUUGAUUUGAUUUAAAUUACACAAUUUCUGAUAUUUCUCAUGCCUUUUAUUUUCUUGCAGAAGUAAAAACAGGAAAUGCAUCACUCUACUGCCAUUCAUUCCAAAUAGACUGGUUUGGAUUUCUUUCUAACGAAAAUAGCUGCCAUUAUCACUCCAUUCUAUAACUUUGAGUGAUUAUGACAUAGCCCCUUUAGUAAUUUAAUAGGAUCUCUAUGUAGUCGACCACCAGACGACGGGCAGAUGAACUGUCUUUCUCUGUGUGUGUGUGUUGUAUGUCGAAUGGAGAGAGCACUACUUUCCUCUUCACAAAACAUUGAUGAAUUAGAGUACCAUUGUUGUAGUGUUGCAUCUCGUUGUAUGACACCACAUUCUUUACAUCAGCUCUGCUGUCUGGGUACCUCCAUGAGCUCUACCACUGUCCUGUCCACCACAGAUUAAGAUUUCUACAUGGCCAUUUGGGGCUUCUUUAUGCUCCACCUGCCACACAGUGAUGAUUUCUCUGUUAUCUCAUCCCAGCUAAGGAGGCCAAUGGAAAUGUAUUUUUUCUUCCAUGCUUUUUUCUGUAUCGUUAUAUCAAGGCAAGACAUUGCCUUUUACUUCAGGUCCCACAUCCCAUGGGAUAUAAAACACACCAUCUCAUGGUCUUACUGCUUUAACGCAGCUCGUCAAUACUGCUCCUUCACAGGUCAUUAACAUACGGCUUUUACACAGCCAUACACUAUGCUGUAUAGCACAUAACACUGCUAAGCAGGGCAUUAACAUGGACCACCAUAAAGAGAGAGCGUGUAUCACCUCUACCAGUAGUGCUGGCAACAGACAGAGACUGGUGCUACUGCACUGUAGAACAUCCUCUUCCAUAUCUGCUCCCCAUUACAUUCAGCUAGCUGCAGUCUGUUUAUUUUCUAUUGUCCAUGAUCCCUCUCUUUUCCACUGUCUAGCAUUUAGCAUCACUCAGGCCGUUGGUUAGAGUUGCUGUGAUGUAGAUAAGGCCUCUCAUCCCUGACUGAUAUAAACCAGGCCGUUAGCUAGCAGCGCUGCUGUUGAAUGAUGCCGUGCUACAGAUGAAUAAUUUAGUUACCAUUAGUAUGCGCAGUGUCACAGGUCUCUAUCUCUCUCCGCCUUUAUGACAGCCUGCCUGAUGUCGCCUCUUGUCAGGUUAACAACCGUGACCCAUGGACCCGCAGUCCACCUACACCAACCAUUACUGUGUGACAAUAGGGUGUGUGAGUGUGACGUGUGUGAGAGUGUGCAUGUGGUGUGUGUUUGUGCGUGCAUACCUGCAAACCUAUCGUUAGUGGUCUGAGUGAAUUGGAUAAACUACUGUGAUACAUCCAGGUGCCUCCAGAGGUGUUAGCCUAUCAUGUUGUAUGAGCUUUUAUCACCAAUCACCUCUGCUGAUGACACACAGAGUAAUUAUCAGGCUGACAUGUAGCACUUAAAAGCUGACACUAACAGGUGCUGAGCCAGGGAGGCUUGCUCUCUCUAAUGCUACAUGUGGCGGCAAUCUGCUUUUAAUAGUGCAAACAUAGAGGACGUAUGAAUAGACGUGUUGCCAUGACUCUUGCCCACUGGGCUGCAUGUAUUCAAUGAGUCUACUCUUGGACUACAACAAUAAUGUAUUCUGAUUGCCAACAGUAGUAGUCUGUUGAAUGUGGCACUUGAUAAUCAACUGUAUAAUAAUACUCAUUGCGGAGUGAUUGACUUGUGCUCAGCCACUCUCUCCUUGCAACAUGAUGCAGGCAAAUUAUGAGAAAAUCAACUGCUGCAAUAGGGUGAAGGCAGAGGUUGAAUAUGAGUACAGGCAGAGAGAGAGAGGUAGAGAGAAGGAAAGAGAGAGACAGACAUACAGUUAUAGGAACUUAAUUUGAUCCAGUUUGCAACAGCAGGAUAAUAAUUCUGCAGUAACAGGAAAUGUGAAAUAUUAUGUGGAUUAUAAUUAAUGGAGAUUCUUUUUGUAGGCUUUGAUACAUUGUUUAUUUGGGCAAAACUGGAAAUGGAAAAUGGAAAUUACAAAAUUACAAAGCCUUUUGUAAUACAAGUUUGCAUUUCUUGUUCUGCAGUACAAGUCUCAGAAACAAAAGAGUGAUCAAAUUAAUAUCCUAAAUCUGUACAGACAGCCAGACAUACUGACAUACAGGCAGACUAGGUCUAUAGAAAUAGGCUGUUCCAGUGUUCUGGGUGCAUAUGUGGAUAGGUAACUAACUUGAUGAUGUCACAAUGCCCCUUUACCAGGGAUGGAGCUCUAGUUGUUAUAAGGGAACAUUAUGAGGUAACAUGUUGCCACGGAAACACACUUAUGUCAUAAUCUCAGACCACAUUAAAACGGUCAGACAAGCUCAGGUAGAGCGCAUUAGCUACAUUCGAACGAUCUCUCAACCUACAACUGAUUUGAUUGAUUACAACAGUACACUACCUUGUCGUGACAUGGGUCAGAGACUAAGUGACCCUGUCCCUGAGGUAUCCCAUAGGGAGAAACCAAAGGAGACACAGGAACAUAAAGAUAAACCCAAGGAGAAGAGGAUCCCUCAAGCCCUGACCUUUCUUCAGCUGUUUACACUGCUGAACUGCGUCAAGGUGAAGAAAACACCCUUUGAUCCCUCCCAGAGUGGUGAUGGGAGAAAGGGAACAACGAUAAACUAUACAAACAACAAUAAUGACUCUGAUACUGGCUUGGACUACUCUGCAGGUGACGUGAAAAGGAUCAAGGACAAGAGUAAAGGAAAGGUUGGGGGAGAGAAACAUAGCAUUGAAUCUCAGGACCACAAAUGCAGAACGACACAGGAAAAAGAAAAAGACAUUAAACAAAGACCUAACUCGGUCUCCCCUGAGGAGCAAGCAAAGAAGACCCAGCAGAAAGAGAAGAAGAAGAGCAUCCAUCCAGCUGUGGCGGCCCUGCAGCUGUUCACUCUCUUCUGCUGUGGUGGGAAAGUCAAGCCGAGGAAGUCUCGUCCCUCUCAGAACAGACAGAGUAGAAAGGACCAGGACAAAGAUAAUGCAUCUGAUACUGGUUCAGACUUGUCUGGAGGUGAUGUUACAACCAAAAGGGUCAAGGACAAGAUUAAUGGAAAGGUGGGGAGGGAGAAAGAAAGGACUGAAGUUCAGCUGUUGAAAUCUUCUCAGGAACACGAACCCGAAAAUCGAAGGACACGCCAGCAAGUGAAGACCCCUGUGGAGGAAAUUAACAUAAGACCUGACUCUCUGACUCUACCACGUGCCCACAGCUCCCUCUCUCAGUUUUCCCUGGCUCGGAACAAGGCCAUCUUCCCGCUGGAGUGGCAGCUACCCGGAGUCCCUCUGACCACCUCGUCUAUGGCAACUAGGACAGAGAGAACGCCAUCCUCUACCAACACUUUGACACAUGCGCAGAUGGAAACACAGACAUCAGAUAUGAACACAGACACACGGACCACUUCUACCUCUCAGAGCCCGAUCUCAAUGGUCUCAUCGGAGACCAUGAUAGAUCUUCACACGUCAGACUCCAUUACCCAGACCUCCACUCUUGACAUGGCACUGACCCCUGAGAGCACUAAGGACAUGAUCACUACUGAUGAGGAUGUGAAGGAUGACUCUGCUAAAGAUUUGAUCUCCACCCUAACAGACACCUCUAUGAAGAAAUCCAUCAGUGAGACCAGCCUGGAAGACCUCAUCGCUGAGAAUGAAGAUGAAGAUGAGCUGAAGGAUAUGGCUGCCUCCGCUACCCCUGCUACUGAUAAUGCCAGUGAGGAUGCAAUGCUGCUGGAGAUUGCAGCACUUUUUGACUGAUGGAGACCGAGCUGCCUCUGCAUCUCUGAAGAGCCAAUAGGCCUAAUGAACAUUUCAAUGUAGCAAAAGCUAAACUUUGAUCAAUUAAUAAAGCAUAUUUUCUGCAGCAAAUUUCCA